UUAUUUCUUAAUGCUUUCAUACGGUUACCUAAUAUAAAAAGGCAGAAAAUGUAGUUUCGCGGCCAAGAUUCCGGUGCUCGCUUCCCGCUUCCUGCUGCUUUCGGUCUGAAUGAGCCCUUAGGGCCAUGUGGGCCUGAUCUUAGGCAUACGAAAUUUUGAUAGGCUUGUCCAUCGCGAAUGAAUCAGAGGAAUGUGGACAGGCGUUCCGUUUUCAACUUCGUCAAAAACCCUGGACCACGGUCGUACACACAGGUCUUGCAACUCCCUUGGAGGGGGUAGUCUUCUUUUAGAAGCAUUUUUCAUUUCGCUUCAUUACCACAAGAGGCGUUGCGAUCAACCGAUCCGUUCCUAUUUCUCUCUCCCACAGCCGAUUGUAAAGUGAGAUAGAUAAGGGGUCGCUCGAUUAUAGCGACGCUUGUGACUAAAAUUUAAAAUGUGCCGUGCUUCAAAACCACGUCUACCCCCACUGCUGAAAAUUGGGCGAGUUGCAAGACUUGUAUGUAAGACCGUGGCCUGGAUUGUCCUGGACGUUCGCAUUGUGGUUAACAUUUGCGAGAUUGUUUCUUCAUGUUUAAGUUGUAGUUAAUAAAAAGUUAUACAUAAUAUCACAAUUGUUUAGGAUAGAAAUAUCAUUGAAUUAUAAGAUAUACUAAACUGUUCAUAGUGCAAAAUGUCGCAUACAAUACUACUUGUACAACCUGGGAAUCGACCAGAGACCCGAACCUAUUCAGAUUAUGAAAGUGUCAAUGAAUGUAUGGAAGGUGUAUGUAAAAUUUAUGAAGAGCAUUUAAAAAGAAGAAACCCUAAUACACCAACAAUCACAUAUGACAUUAGUCAACUGUUUGAUUUCGUUGAUCAAUUAACGGACUUAUCCUGUCUUGUUUAUCAAAAGUCAACAAAUACUUAUGCACCAUACAAUAAGGACUGGAUUAAGGAAAAGAUAUAUGACUUGCUACGUCGAGCUGCUGGUCACAGCGAAUAAUUAUUUCUGCACCUAGACUCUUACUUUUCAUGUAUCUACAAGAUAAGUUAAUAUUAAGCUGUUUGUAACAUUAAUAAAUAUAAGUGCAAAAAUUUAAA